AUGCUCAGCAAACUCUUCCUGACUCUGUGCCUCAUCUCCUGCCUCUUCCCUCCCUUCGCCUUUGCUCAGCAGUGGCUCGCCAACGGACCCGCCGAGUACGCCUCUCGCUGCGCCCCUGGAACCAAGGCUUCUGGUGAAUACGUUUGCUUCACCUACAACUUCGACAUUACCAUGACUGCGAUAGGAGGUGUCUAUCAAGGCUAUGCUAAUGCUGAUGGAACCGACCCAGCUGGGAAUGGUGAAAGUUUCACCCCUGCAAACCGUCUGCUGGAGCUUCGCCUUCGGAUGCUGCUCGUGCGUCGAAAUUGUCACCAUCACGCAUCCGGGAUCCGCCACUCCCGGCGUACCGACCUCCGCAAACGACAGUGCGACUCCGUAAUCCUUUGUAAACAGGAUCGUGUCGUCACCCUCAUCAAGAAUGACAAAGUCUGGAGAAAAAUCAUUCUUGAACAUCAGUAUCGUUAUCAUCUUUGA